GGUGCCCCGCCUCCCGCCCAGCCUGACGGCGCCCCCCCGGGCCUGCGCCCGAGGCGGCGGCGUCAGGUGCCUCAAUAGUGGGGCCGGCCCUGGCGGAAUAUAAAUACUGUUAAUAAUAAUAAUAAAUAAUAACUUUAGUGCUGGAGGAAAAUCCUGAGACAGCCUUGGACCGCAAGGAGAUCCAGCCAGUCCAUCCUCCAGGAAAUAAUGCCCGGCUACUCACUGGAAGGAAGGAUAGGGUAAAGGUUUUCCCCUGACGUUAAGUCCAGCCGUGACCGACUCUGGGGGUUGGUGCUCAUCUCCAUUUCUAAUAAUAAAUAAUAAAAUAAUAAUAAAACUUUAUUUAUACCCCGCUGCCAUCUCCCCGUGGGGACUCGGGGUGGCUUACAUAGAACAAAAGAUAGGCAACAUAAUACAAAUCACACUAUAAAAAGAUAAAAUAGUAAUGCAAUAUAUCAAUUAAAACAAAAAUACAGGAUAAAAAAUGCAUUUAAAACACAUAAAUGGUAAGCCAAAGUAGCCGGCGUUGUCCGUAGACACACCUCCAAGGUCAUGUGGCCGGCAUGACUGCAUAGAGUGCCGUUACCUUCCCACCGGAACGGUACCUAUUGAUUCACUCACAUUUGUAUGUUUUCGAACUGCUAGGUUUGUCAGGAGGAGGGAAGGAUAUUAGAGGUAAAAUUGAAGUAUUUUGGCCACAUCAUGAUAAGACAGGAAAGCUUGGAAAAGAUCAUGAUACUGAGGAAAGUGGAAGGAAAAAGGAAGAGAGGUUGACCAAGGGCAAGAUGGAUGGACGGUAUCCUUGAAGUUACUGGCAUGAACUUGAAGGAACUGGGGGCGGCGACGGAUGACAGGGAGCUCUGGCAGAAACUGGUCCACUAGGUCACGAAGAGUCAGAAUCGACUGACCGAAUAAAGAAGUCAUCGUCUCUGGGCACAUAUCCCUUUGGCAAUCAUAACCUUACUGAAAAAGAAAAAUGAUGUCAGAUUCCUUUGGCAAAUGUGAAUCUCCAUGAACCUUCUGAAAACCACUGGUCAAGAAAAGGACGACUCGUUUGAGAAGUCAACCCUUUGAGCAAGUGAUAUUCAUAAGCAUUCAUGUAAUGGCACACAGGGAACUCAGGUGUUAAACUGAAGGACCAUGUCUUUGAACUGCCCAGGACAACAACAUGGCACUACAAAAAUAUAUUUGGUUAGCAGAGGAUGGUUGUUUCUGUGACAUAAUGAAAAAUCAAAUGUGUAUUCCACACACCGCUUUGCCAGAGAAAGAAGAUAUGUGCCACGCAGGUGAACAAUGAAGAACAAACUAUUUAUUCUUCUUAAAUCCAGAACAACAUAUGUAUAAUGUGCUCAGUUGUACCAACUUUUAUGAGAGAUUUAAAAUAGUCUUUCCUUUUCCAGGUGGAUAAAUUCUUUCCAGUAGCUCAUGAAGCAAGAGCACACUUCAAACUCUGUCUCUCUCUCUCUCUCUGCUUCUUUCUUCCAACUGUCACUCUGCACCUGCUUAACUCAGGCCUGAACAAAAUUGCAACAGUAUCAAAAACUCCCAGGCUUACCAGCUCAUCAGACAUGGCUCAAUCAAUCAGCUUCAUGCAUCUUAUUUCGCAGUUGACACACAUUAAAUGACUUCUUACAUAUCGCAACAGUUUCUUUGAAGUUGCCCAAAAGAUAUACACUCCCUUGAAACCUCUUAGUUUAAAAUAUGCACUCAGAGAUAAAAGAAACAAGUCUUCUUUUAAAAACAACAUAUCUUGUUUAUUCACGAACAUCUUGUAUUAUUUCACCAUUUCUUAUUAAAGUUCAGUUAUAUAUAAGCUGUAGUUCUCUAUGUGAGUACACAGGGUAUCAUUCUUAGUCUAUCAAUAGUCCAUAGUCUUUAGGUAUAGUUGUACUCACUGAAGUCCAUAAGUCACAUAUCUCUACUGAAGUCCAAACAGCAACAUGCAUCCACCUCCACUGAGGUGUAAAGCAGACAGAAUAGAAAAAUGGAGUCCUGAGUCUGAACAUGCUCAGUACAAUCACAUGUCCUUAACCCCUCCCACACUAAAGAGGUACAGUCAAACUGGCAAAUCAACACACACAUAGAAUACAGUAUAGGCUAGCAAAUGCAUUAACAAAUAAUGAAAGGCUUGGGAGGUUGCUAUUUCCAACACAUUCUCCUCACAUCUUCUUAGGGAGAGGGCUGAUAUGGGUCAAGGGCAGGCAUGAGCAAACGUGAGCCCUCCAGUGGUUUGGACCUCAACCACUCCUGGUAGGCUGUUAGGAAUUGUGGGAGUUGAAAUCCAAAACACCUGGAGGCCCCAAGUUUGCCCAUGCCUAUUUUAGAUUAACAGAAGUGUCCGUACUUGGUGUCUUCAGACGGGUGUUGCUACACUGCUGCCAAAAUCCAAAAUUUACUGCUAUAUACUGGUCUCAUCUCAGAACCAUUAAUAGGUUACAGUAGGUUACAACAUACUCAUCAAAUGUGCAGUUAAAAACUAAUGAAACCCAUAAAGGUAAAAUGUAAUAUAUUAGUUUGGCCUCAAGUUGUAAUGGCUUGCCCAAUUAGAAUGUUUUCCAAGAAGAGUUUUGACUAGACCUUUGCUGGCUUUUAAAUCACCUUCAUGUCAAUUGACCUUGUAUACAUGAGAAACUGUAUGCAGGACACAGACUCUCCUUCCAAAUGUGAAGAGAGUUUUGAAAAGUUACUUUUGAGGACUGUGACUCCCAGAAUCUGGCAGCCACCAUGACCAUACCGUGUGAAGAAUGCAGAGAGAGGUAGCCAGGGGAUUUUUUUUUCUUACAAAAGGGAACAGGAAACUCCUCUGAGGAUAUAUGACUGUAAAUACAGGGAAAGGGGAUGAAUUUUGUUCUGUUUGAUGUUUCAGACAUUUUCUGAGUCUUUGGCCAUUAGCCAUGGAGGCUCAUGUUCUUGGGAAAUAAAAUUCAAAACCUUUGAAGGACAUACAUCACACCACGUGGUCCAUUCCAUGUUCAGUUUUGCACAAAAUCAACAUUUUGAAACUAAGCAAUAGCAAGAGGGCUACCAAAACUAGUUUUGCUCUAUCGUUCAUCCUGUCUACCCCUUUACAGUGUAUAUCAUACAAAGUUUGUGGCGCUGUAACCUUGAUGUUGAUGGAAAUCUCACUAGGAAAGUGAACACACGCAAUAUAGUUGGUCCACCAUAUUUGCAGGGUUGACUUUUGUAAAUUUUGUUUUUCAUGGAUUGAAUUUAAAAUGUUCUUUCUAGGAAUGUCAGUUCUCCAGUAGAAUUCCAUAGUCAACAUCUUUCAUCAUGCUUGAAGACCUGUGCAUUUCUAGUGAGAACAUCUCUCUAGAUCCUCCAGUGCAAAUGUAUGGUCAGCUUCCAGCAGAAGUUUACCAUAGUCUCAUGCUAGAGGUUUGAAAAAUUCCUACAAAAUGUUCUCUCAGGUUAAAAAAAUAGCAAUUUUUUAUUCACAGAUUUUUUUUACUUUCAUGCGGGUCUUGUGCCCCAAAUUCUAGUGAACGUGAAGGACUGACUAAUGGGAGAUACAGUAGGAUAAUAGAGCACUAUAGCUGGGACUUUGGAGAUCCAAGUUCAAGUCCCCAAUGGAACCAUGAAAUGUAAUGGGUGACCUUAGGCUACUCACUUUUCUUUCAUUAUUGUUGUGAAGGUAAAAAGAGGAGGAGAGGGAGUAGAAAAAUAUAGCUAAAAAUAAGAAAUACAUCAAUAAUAUUUUCAACAGCAACAAUUUCAGUGUGCACACAAUAUUUCUGUUUUUAUAUGACCUGCUUCUUUAUUACUGAUGCAAUUACAGAAUAUCAUAUAUGCACCCAAUGGAACAUAAUGCACAAUCUCUGAUGAAUCUGACAGAAUGAGGCUACCAUAAACAAUAAUUAUCUGAACUGGUAUUGUGUGGUGUUGUUUUUAGAGUUACAUAAGUGCAAAUUCUCUGAAUUAACAUAUCUUACAUAGAAUUGGCCUAGAGGUUGAUUGUCAGUCAUGACUUUGUCUUGCAAAUAUGUUGGUUUCCAUGGAGAAAUUCUGGAGUCUCUAUUUUUUUUAAUUCUUUGUACAAUAACACACCUUUGAGAUGAGGAUUAGAUGAUUCAGAACAGGAAAUAAACUAGCAGAACAGCACCUAGGUCAAGCAGAACUAAUGUGAAAUAAGAAGUUCACCUGUUUAACAUUGCUUUCUUGGAGAGCUUGGGAAAAAGUUACUUUUUGGACAAUAAAUCCCAGAUUCUCAAAACCUACAUGUUUAUUAGAAUCUAAAAAGUAACUUUUCAAGUUCUGUUUUUUUAUGUGUGCUACAGGGUACCUAAAAUUAAUAAAGGUUCAGGCUACAAUUUUAUUUACUAUAUUACCAGACAUUGCACUGAAAGACUGAGCCAGAUCUAAAGUCAUUUGGUGGUCUUUAUGAAUGAAGAUGCAUCUACAUUGCAGAACUGAUACAAGUUGACACUGCUUUAACUGCAUUACUCAAUGCUGUGGAAUCAUGGAAGCUGUAGUUUUGCAAGAUCUUUAGACUUUUCUGCCAAAGAGCACUGGGGCCUCACCAAACUACAGCUCUCAUGAUUACAUCACCCUGAGCCAAUGCAGUUAAAGUGGUGACAGCCUGCAUUAGUUCUACAGUGCAGAUCCACUCAAAGUAAGAAUUUAAAUCUAGACUUCGAAUCUAGACUCUAAUCUCUACAUCUGUAUCUGGCAUGGCAUUUGCUCCCUCUGCACCAAGUGCUUGGUUUGGGUAUGAUGCAGCUAGAAUCUGAACGUUGUGAUCCAAAAAAGUAAAAAACUGGUAAUUAAGAGAGAAAAGAUGCAAAGUUUGCCAAGUGGAAAAUCUCUGGUUCUGUAAAGCAAGGUAGGGGGAGAUUCUGCACGGCCAUACUCACAUAUGAAUCUUGUUAAGUAUUUCAACAUUGCAAAUAACUUACAGCAUUGAUUCAAAAGUAAUAUGGGUCUCAUAUCAAGAGUGUAACUAUGCCAGAAUUGCGUUGUCUUUUAGAAUCCACCCUGGAGGGUGUCCUGUCCUGCUACGCAAGAGGCAAGGCACACCCUUGGUACUAUUUAUAAAAACUGCAAAUCAGGCUUUUAACAGUAACAGACAGACCAGAAAUAGGAUCCCUUCCAGUCCAGGUAGGUAAAGUUCUGCUUUAUAGAGUUAAGGAAGGGCAGAUAGUAGAAUGGAAAGAUUUGAUUUAAAAAAUAAAAAUGAAGUCAAGAAAUUUGUAUGUUUUUCCUAACAUUUAUGUAUUUAGUUUCCUGCUGAAUAUUAGAAAGAAAGAACAAGCAAGUAAGCAUGCAGGCAAACAACCAGCUUGAGCUAAAAUGUGAACGAAAACUACUUUAAUAUCAAAAUGCAAUUACAAUGUUAUUAAAAAUCCUGUGGUCACUUGUCUUCAAAUAUCUAGCAUGGUGUAAUGGUUUGAGCAUUGGACUGAAGGGGCAAAGAUAUAAAAGACUAUGACUCUGGAGACAAAGGUUUGAUUCUCUACUUGGCCAUGAAACCCACUGGGUGGCCUUGGGCAAGUCCCACUCAGCCUCAGAAGAAGGCAACCCCCGGACCCCAAACAAGUCUGGCUAAAAACCUAUGAUAGGUUCACCUUAAGGUCACCAUAAGUUGGAAAUGAUUUGAUAGCAUACAAAAACAACUACUACUGAUUUCCAGCAUUUAAAGAACUGAGGCAACUGAAGCAGUUUGCUGAAUGCUGACCUGGGGAAUUUCAUAAUCUUGGUUUAGAAGUCCUGCAUUCAUACAAAUUAUUUGUGACUGUAUUGUACAGGUAUCAGUUUAGGAGAAACCAAAACUGCAGUCUAUCACAGUGUGGUACAGAAGAUCUAUGAGGCAGAAUCAAAACAUCUUUCCUCCUAAGGUAAAGGGUGCCAUUCCAGCCAUGCAGUUUGCAGCUGAGAAAAAAGAGGCUUUUAUUGUCACUCGAGAGAUCCAUGCAGGCCGAAAGAAGAUCCCUUUGGGAUGUAUAGGUUACUUUCUGGAGGACAAACACAGCAUGGGUCGCAUUGUUGACCUGAAAUCAAGGCCUGUCAUAACCCUGAUGAGUAGUCACAUCAAACCUCUCAGCUGUCAUGAAGCUGGACUCUUACUCACUGUUGAGAGCCCACAAAAAAGGCAUGACCUGCUUUCCAACGAGCGGCUUUUCUCUGCUAUUUGCUGCCUGCAAAUCUAUGAUGUGGUGCGUGUGAGAUACAAUAGAGUGGUGGCAGUCGGCAUUGUGAGAAGCUUCUGGGAACAGCACAGGAAGCCUGGCAAUGGAGAGCUGAAGAUGCUCCUUAUUGAGGUGGAGCUGCUGGAUUCAGGGAUUAUUUCCCUCCGUGACCGCUAUUCUAGACUGAAGGUUGAUGCAAGCAAGAUCAUUGCUGUUAGCUCCAAUGUUACACAUUCCAUUGGAUGCCAAGAGAUCAGCCAAGAAUCUUACAAGAAAGAGAACAAUCACCCGAACCAAUACUUGGCAGAAGUCAGUGCUGCAUCAGUCUGGGAACAGGAAGUCCUCAAGAAGAUGGAAGGCACUAUGAGGGGCAUCCAGGGGCACUGCAACUCCUGCUACCUAGACACAACUCUCUUCAGUUUAUUCAGUUUCUCCUCUGCCUUGGAUGGCAUCCUGUAUUCUACUGAGGUGGAUGACAAAACAGCACAGCAAAUCCUGAGAGAGCAGAUUGUGCAGCCUUUGAGACAACAUGGUUAUGUGGGAGCCAAUGAAGUGAUGAACUUGAGGAAAUUGCUGAGAUGCGACAGUUUUAUUACAGAAGAAAAAGACCCAGAAGAAUUCUUGAAUGCCCUUCUAGGAGAAGUCUUGGCUGUAGAACCCUUGCUCAAAAUCAGAGCAGACAAUGAAGUCCUCAAGUAUAAUUGCUAUCAGAUCCUUGCAGAGAACAAUGCAACGGUUAAAGUACCUACUGUGCAGCAACUCCUGGAGCAGUCUCUACUCUCCUACGGUCUACAUCUGAAUGAGAUUCCUUCGUGCUUCAUCCUACAGAUGCCUAGAUUUGGAAAGACAUAUAAGAAGUUUUCGCUGGUGUAUCCUUCUCUGCAUCUUGACCUCACAGACUUGGUAAACCAAGCUUCUCCUGUGUGUUGUGUAUGUGGUGGGAAGACUUCAUAUGGAUGUUCAUGGUGCCAGCCUGACACCCGCCUGCACCCAGAAUACAUGAAAUUAUUUGGGAACAUUUCUAAGGCACAUUCUCCUUUGACCAGACUGAAGCAUUCUGGUAAAGAACUGAAAUCCAACAGCCCUUCUGCUAAGCAGCCCACACUGGAUUUGUUUGCAGUUCUCUGCAUUGAGAAGAGCCAUUAUGUUGCUUUUGUAAGAUAUGGCCCAUCUCAAACAUCCUGGCUUUUCUUUGACAGCAUGGCUGGCACACUGAAGAAUGAGAAACAAACAAAUAUCCCUGUGGUAAAAGCCUGCCCUCAGAUUGGACACUAUUUGGCUAUGUCACCAACAGAAUUUGCCACUGUUGAUACUAACCAGAUGGACAAGCUUUCCAGAAGAUUCUUUUGUGACGCUUACACAUUCAUGUACCAAGAACCAAAACACAGCUCUUACAAAUAGCAGUCCAGAAACUGAGGUCUUAGUGAGACUUCAAAAGCUCACAAGGACCAGUCUAUCUUUGUAGCAGACAGAAUCACUGAUGUGACCAGAAGCUAUAGACUUUCAACAGUCAGCUUGGAGUUAAAGGCAUUGGCUUGUGUUGUAGCAACUCAGUGCUUCGAAUGCCAAAUUUCCUGGACAAAAUAAUAACACAAUCAUAUUCUAGAUUUCUCCCCAGGGAGACACAUUGGCAUCAGGUUGUUGGUUGUGUGAUCCAGUGUGUUUAUCAUCCCCACUGAUGUGUUAUGUUACCAUGCUCCAGAAAGGGCCCAGGAGAAAGUACUCUUACAGCAGGGAGAGACUGAAUGUAGAAAGAGCUUUUGAAGAUGGAAGUCCUUCUGCUGAUGUCAAAGACGUGGUUGCUAAUGUGAUCAUGGUGUGCUGCAUCCUUCCAAACAUGCAAGACAAUGGGGAAAUGUUUUCUAAGGAUGUUACUAACAAAGCAUUACAGAAGAUAGAAGCCAGCAUCAGUUUGAAAAACCAUCUUAUUCACUAAAUCUUUAACCUAAGGUGGCCUGUUUUCAUCAAAUACGGAAUGUCAGAAUUUCCUUUGGACAAUUCAUUUGGAAUAACUACUUCAGUGUUGCCUAUGGCUCUGGUUCAAGGCUUUUUUGGUAAAUGUAUGCUAAAAACCAAAUGAUCUCUUCAUAGUCGUUGUCAAACCCCUCCUCAACAUACUGAAAGAAAUCCUAGCUUUAUGGACCCUGUCAAGUAUUCUUUCACUAUAUCAUGCAGAGGCAGAAAUGAGUUAACAACUUUCUAGGUUUGUUAUGUAACAGAAACAGUUUUGGGUAGUUCAGUGUCCAAAUAUUUCACACAUCUCUUCAAACCACUUUUCUGGGUUGAUCUUUUUGGGCUGAAGUUGCGGACUACUGAUUGGCCAGGUAUUGUGAGAAGAUCAUCCUUGCACGAUAUUUUAAAAUAUCCUCUAAAGGCCCUAACAUAAAAUCAGGCUGAAAUAUUUUGGGAAUAAAAUUAAUAUAUUUCCAGCAUCUUAAAUUUGGUCUCUUUCUUGUGGACAGCAAACUUAGUAGUCUCGCUUAUCCAACAUAAAUAGGCCAGCAGAACAUUGGAUAAGCGAAAAUGCUGGAUAAUAAGGAGGGAUUAAGGAAAAGCCUAUUAAAUGUCAAAUUACGUUAUGAGUUUACAAAUUAAGCACCAAAACAAUGUUUUAUAACAAAUCGACAAAUAGACAGCAGUAAUUACUGUAUUUGUGAAUUUAGCACCAAAACCUCGCAAUGCAUUGAAAACAUUGACUACAAAAACAUUGACUAUUAAAAGGCAGACUGCGUUGGAUAAUACGGAAUGUUGGGUAAGUGAAGGUUGGAUAAGCAAGACUCUACUAUACUUGAAAAAAAAAUCCCAUCUCCCACGUUUGUAACCAGCUAAUAAUCAGAGAACUGGUGAUGGAGAGAAGCUCUUCUUCCCAGCAGAUGUUCUCCUGGGAAGCAAAGGAAACACAAGAAACAUUCCCUACAAUCCUAAUGCUUUCUUCUAGGCCAUUUUUUUGAUUCUGCAGGAGGAAAAGCCAUCCACUCUAAUAAAGUAUAAUGCUCUGAACUCAAUUAAUCUUAUAUUAAUCUUCUGCUUUAACCUGGCAUUCUAGAAAGCUAAACUAUGAGUAAAAAAUUCCAGCGGUCAGUAUCUUAAUGACUUAAUUAGGAAAUCAUGUCUAGGUUUUGCUUUAAGCUAUGUUUAUGUUUUUAUUUAUUUUAAAAUAUCAUUAAUGAAAUGUACUUAUGAUUUUUUCUAAAAUAAAAAGUCUUAAUUUUUUCUAAAUUCUAACUUCAUUGUGCAUCCACUCUGUUUUAAAAGAAUCAAGUUAAAUUAUUUUGGGUCAUUACACAAAAACUAAAGGAUUUCCAUGUUAUACAAGGUGAGGAAAACUUCUGAAACUCACUGAAGUUUUAGCAACGGAUUAUAAUGUGAUGCACAGUUGAGGACUUUUUCCUCAUGAAUGUCCAUUAGGAAUUCUAAAUCUCAGCAGAACGCCUCUGGAUUAUUUUAUCCAAAUACUAAUGGAAUUUUUCAAUUUGUGCAAGAGCUUUUAGAUAACAGGUUACUUUUAGCCAACAAAUUGCAACUGGAUUUCUGUACCACUUAUGAGAAAUUUGUUCCUAUGUAAAAAGAGUGAUGAUCAGCUGAGCUUACAUUUCUAAAGUCGUUCCUGCUUUAAAGUCAUGUCAUCACAAUGAGCUCCAAAAUAGAAACACGUAAAAGCUCUAGUCACAUGAGUGCUUCAAAAGCCGGCAUAGGGAUCUUUGAGUAAGCGGAGGAUGUAUUUAUCUGAUACAGAAUGUUUAUGCAGUGACAACAUAUUGCAAAAUACAGGCCUGAGGAAAUGUUUUUGUAGUGCAAAUUGUGAAUUAGUUCAAGCAAUGCAGUUUUUUUUCUUUCUACAACCAUCUGCACUGACAAAGAUGAGACACUUAGUAGGACAAAAUGAAUCACACAUCCAAAUAAGAUGUGACUCAGCUCAUCCUAUGUAUAAGCUCAGCACAUGUCCGCUACUGGUAUAACAAUACAGAACAUUGUAUUGGGAGAAGUUUAUUAAUUCUGGGUGAGAUUCAUGCAUUUAUAUUGCUGGUAGAGUAAUAUAUAGUAAGACCUUUCACUUCUCAAUUUGUGGGCCACUGUUACCAUGCUGAUCAUGACAGGUGCCACAGAGUGAAACAGUAUUUACUUUAUUCUUAUUUCUCCUCUUUACUACAGCACUUUUUAUUUAUCUCAUGAGAUUUUAAUCAUGCAUUCUUUGCACCAUUGCCCAGCCUUUUAUUUUAACCUGAUGUACUGUUCUUAUUUGGUGGUUUAACUUACCAUUAUAUUGUUAUUAAAAUGUUGGUUUAAUAUG